AUGGUCGAACUGUUGGAGAAGGGGAUGAUAUUUCAAGAGAAUACUGAUGAUGGGUUGGCCGAAGAGCUAUCGAGAGCGCAAACUGAGCUCAAACGACUCAGGGACAAGUGGGCUGCAGACCUUACAUCUCUCCGAGAGAAGUGCGAUGAGGAGAAGGCAGCGCAGAAAAGGAGCUUUGACGGACAGAAAGCAACGCUUCAAGCGGAGUCUCAAGCACGCGAGGCUCAGCUCAAGCGGGAGUUGGAAGAGAAGGUCAAGGAGGUCAAGGAGGUCGAGAGGCAACUUGAAGCGUCGACAAGAAAGUUAGACCGUGUCAAGAAGGACAAGGAGCGCGUCGACAGGCUCUGCACCGAGAUGAGCCGCGCUCAGGAUACACUUAUCGAGGAGAAGCAAGAAUUGACGCAGGAGAGAGACGACGCCGAAGCGAAGGCUCAGGGACUCGAGUAUAAUGUGUCUGAUCUGAAACGUUCUCUGCAAGAGGCUAAAGAUGAUCAAGAGGCAAAGGCCCGUUCCAUUGCCAGUCUCACAUCGGAACGCGACAAGGCCAGCGGCGAGCUGGCGGAUUUGCGGCAGACGGUGGUCCCCGAGAACCGACGCCUUGCGGCGACUAACUCGUCUCUCCUAGGCACAUUGAAGGAGACGGAGGAAAAACUGAAAGACGAGAAGAUCAACGCGGAGAAGGCCAACAGAGAGACAGUUUCCGGAGAGCUUAAGCGGGUGAAAGAGCUCAUGGGAAAGGAGCUCUCCGACAAGGAAAAGAACGUCAACGAUCUCCACAUCAAAAUCGCAGGACUGAAUGGACGCCUGGAGUCUGCAACGGCCAAGAAUACCGACCUUGAGGCAGCAAUCCACGACUUGAAGCAAUCACUUGCGCGCGAGAAGGAAGAGCGCCAAGAUGCCGAUCGAGAGAAUAGGCGCCUGAAGCUCAAAAUCACCGAGCUUAAUGGUCGAGCCGACACUGCCGAAGAGAGGGUCUCAUCUCUCGAGGCCGACCUCUCAGCCGCAGAAAGCAGGGUUGAGAGCUACCGGGACGCACUUGACAGUGAACGAGCUCGUUGCAUCAAACUCGACGAUGAGCUGAAGCGAGAGAAAUCCAAUCUGGUUGAGGCGCAGGCCCAGCUUGAGGCCUUCCAAAUUGUGACAAAGGACAAAACCACCAAACUGGAAGGGGAACUCGAGACCGCUCGCAAAGAAGCUGGCGACAACGUAAAAUUGUACAGCGACACCAAGGCAGCCCUUGAGAAGACGCAGCGGGACUUGUCGGAAGCCAGACUCGAGUCCGACAAGCAGGGGCGCCUUCGCCGGGCAGAGAUUGAACGCACGAAGAAGUUGCAGGCCGAGUUAGACAGGGCCAUCCAGAGGGAGCGGGAGUACGACCCCGAUCGUCUCUACCAGCAGCUCGACGCCGAGCGUGAGGCUCACAGGUGCUGUAAGGCUACCCUAGAGACGAAAGAGUGCACAAUCCGCCAACAUCUCGGCACCAUUGCUGACCUCGAGAUCAAGUACCAGAAGGCACAUAACGCAGAGGUAGCCCUUGGGACACAGGUUUUGGCACUGGCGGUGCAAGUGAAGCAGCUCGGUGCCUCACUGACCGAGGAACGCAACAACCGAGUGCGGAUCCAAGGCCUUCUUGACUCCGAAGUCGCCGAGCACAACCUCACGCGACAGGCUCUUAGCAGCGAGACCACCCGCGCGAACAACGAGACGAUCCGUGCCAACAAUGAGGCAACUCGUGCCAACACCUACGGCUCCAAGCUUGACUUCGCCAACGCUCAGCUCUCGCGAGAAAUGGCCAAGUUGCGUCAAGCCAACAUCGAUCUCAGCAGCGCCUGGAGCAACCUUAACUGGGCCAACUCACAGCUCAGCAGCAAGAACCAGGAGCUCCAACAUGUGAAGAUCCAACUUUCUAACCAGAACGCUCAAAUUCGAAGUCUUCAGAGCGCAGCAAAGCACACCAACUGCGUCACGUUGUCCAGCGUCAACACCCUGAUCGGAAGUUAUGAGCGGCUCUAUGAUUUUGCCGAAAGAAAAGGCGUAAGAAGGCAGACUUGGACUUUGUACAAGGCUCACUAUCCGAACGGCUUCAGUUUUCGCAAUGGGAAGUAUGAGAUUGACUUCCGGGGGGAAAUCUUCUGA